CAGAGCUUGUGUCUGGUGUGUCUCAGAUGUGCAGCUGGUGACUGGAACUACACAGCUAAGGACAGCUGGAACACAUCCAAACGUGGCUGCAGGAAGAUUCCUUGCCUGCAGACCUAGAGAGCAGUAAGAAAAAACCUGUCAAAUUCUAAUGGCUAGAGCUUGGUGCUCAACAGACCUCAAGCAAGGAGUGGCUCGAAGUCUUGAUGGAGUCGCUGAUAUUGUCACGGAAAAAUUCUUGAAAACAGAUCUGAGGAACCUGAUAACUGAAGAUGGAGCCUGGAAGGCAUUUGAGAAAGCAGCAGAAUUGUCAAGCGAGGAGGGAGCUGCACUUCGUGAUGCUCUGAAGGAGAGUUUAGCACAGGAGCUCUCAGAUGGAAAUGAUGGACCUGAAAGGAAGCAGCAGAAAGAGCGGUUUCUGCGAGAGUUUCCUGAGUUGAAGAAGAAACUUGAGGACCACAUCAGGAAGCUCCGAGAACUGGCUGAUCAUCUUGACCAGGUGCACAAGGACUGCACCAUCUCCAAUGUGGUGUCCACCUCUGCUAGUGCUAUCUCUGGAGCCAUGGGCCUCCUUGCUUUGGGUCUGGUACCCUUAACAGAAGGGGCCAGUCUGUUACUCUCAGCAGCCUCUGUGGGUCUGGGAGAGACAGCAUCCGUGACUGGUCUUACUACCACCGUUGUGGAAGAAUCAAUGAGACGGUCAGAUGAAUCUGAAGCCAGUCGCCUGGUUAGAGCCAGCAUGAAUGUAUUUAAAGAGAUUGUAGAGAUCAUGUCUAAGAUCACAUUCAAGGUUUUAUUUACAGUUAUGGGAUUAGUCCCUACAGUCAAAAUCCUCAGGGAUCACAUCCGAGCCAUGAGGAGAGCGGGAGUCAUCAUUUUCCCUAGAGAAGAGGCCAGGAACCUCACAUCCACUGAAAGAAGCUCUGUGCUGGCUGUUUUCCCAAUGACCAGAGGAGUCAAGAUUAGAACAGCAGGGUUUACAAGUUUGUCCCUUGUGUGGGAUGUGUAUGACCUUGUGAAGCAAUCAAAAGAUCUGUAUAAUGGGGCAAAAACAGAGUCAGCUGGAGCACUGCGGGAACUGGCUCACAAGCUGGAGGAGAAGCUGCAGGUAUUCGAGCAGAUAUAUAAGGUUCUGCAGUCAGACCUGCCUCACUGACCCCGUCCUCUAAGCAGCUAAGAGUUCAGAGGAGAUGAUGUGUAAAGGGGUGGGACCUUUUUUUUUUUAAGCGUUAAUGUCAGAAGUUUCUGUUUGUUUGUUUGUUUGUUUGUUUGUUUGUUUUUCCAAAAAGAUCACACAAAAGUUGGUAAAAAGGGAGAAGGUUAAGUGUCUUACAUGAAACCUGGGUUAAAGGCAGAGCAACCUAAAGAAAUGGUGGCUGGAGAGAACCGCAGGGACAGGGGGAGUGGAAAUUGCAUCCCAGGCUUGCACAGAGACACACACCAAUGCAACCACAUGUUAUAACAAGGGAAACAGUCUGAGGUCAAGUCCAUGGAGGAGAUUGUUGUGGAGUUUGAAUUUCUCUGGCUGAGCAGAGUGAGGUCAAUGUAGAUGGCCAGAGAUCCCAGGAGAAGAGGAACCUGGAGUCUUAAAGGGGAUCCGACUUCCGGCAGAGUGGAGACCCUGCAGACAAGUCAGCACUCAUCACUAUAACAACACCUGCUGCAUCUGAACAUCUGUGGGGUCUCCUCAAGGUCUUGUGCUGGACUUGCUAAUGCUUAGCUGUCUGAGAAGUGAUAUUGCUUUAGUGGGUUUGCUUUGCUGCACUUUUUUCAUAGAUUUUUUUGGGGUGUUGGGGAGCAGAUUAAAAUUAGGGAAGCAGAAAGUACUUUUUAUAAUUUUUUUUUUUUAUUGGCUUUAUCAUGUAGCUGGCCUGGAAUUUCUAGGUAGACCAGAAACUUGUGAUGGCUUAACUGGGUGGGAUCAGGUCCUGAGAUAACAAUUCCCUCACUUUCUGGUAUUCCUCUUGAAAUAUAAACCUUGUUUGAUUUUUGUUUGUUUGUUUGUUUGUUUAACUAUUCCUUUUCCCCUACUGACUUAAUAGUGCAGCUGCCUCUGUUUUUUUCAGGUCUAUGAAGCCCCUCCUAAAAGUCAUGUUGCAUCCUUAUAUUUUGUAGAAUUGAGAAACAUUCUUGAACUCAUGUUUUCAGAGUUCUUUCCCACAGCCUUAAGGUGGUCCUGUGAAUCUCAGCAUUUACCAUUUUGCUGAGGAACAUUAGACACACCCUCCCGGACUUGUGCUGUUUCUAAUUAUCAUGGAGUCCUUAAUGUUGGCAGGAAGAACAUUUCAUGAAAGAGGAAGUUCAAGUAAAAUAUAUGCACUAUUAUUCAACCAAGCCUUAUGCCUAGUAAUUGUCAACCCUCCUGGAGGCCUAAACCCUAUUGGCUCUGCUCCAGUGGUGGAAGCAUGUCAGACUGUCCCUUCCUUAGUGGCCAUGCUGGCUACUUCCUACUUCGCUUGUUCCUUAGCUAUUAUUACCCUAGUUCUGUCUCAGGGUACCAGAGCUCUUCCUGGUGCCUAUAGACUACAGUUUGUCUGUCUGCUUCCUUAUGGUUGGCUGGACCAUUUUUUUUCCCAAGUUUUGUAUAAAGUACGCUACUUGGGAUGCCACAGUACCUCUAUGAAAACACUCUUCUGUCUCCCUGCUGGAGAUGUGUGGUAAUGUGGAACACCCCUGGGCACUAGAGAAAGAAGUGUCACAGUUGGUCCUGAUUACCAGCACUGGACUGUUUUAUGGAUCCUGCCAUGUGCCUCCUGACAAAAGCGAUUUAGGUAUGCGGGGGCAGGGGGGAAGGGAGCAAGGGUAGGAGAGAGAAGUAUGAUGGGAAAGCUUGACAUCCAGGGCUGAGAGGAACAAGGCAAGGAAAGAAGUAGCAAAUAAGGACCUUAAGUGGGAGGGAGGGAGAAGAAGGAGUUUUAUGGUGUGGGAGGAGCCCAGUUUAAGGCCUAGAUCUAGAAGGUUCUUGUGUUUGAGUGAAGGGUGAUGAACCCUUGCCCCUGAAGCUGCUGAUUAAGGAGUCAGUUCCUGGGCCCAACCUUACUCUUCCAUAGCCAUAACCAGUAGAGAGGCCCCUUGCCUUGGCAGAUGGAAAGAAAACAUGAUCAGCUGGAGACAUGGCCAUGAGAAGGGAUUGAAUCUGCUCAGGAGAGAUGAGAAGCAAGGUUCUGCCCCCUGAGGUGGGAACUGUGUGUAGCCAUGAUGAUCGGUGACAUCAUCUGAAGGAGUAUGGAGCAUGAGUCUACCUGCUGUGUUAGGGCCCAUAACUCUGUGAAGAGAAGAAACCCUGAGACUUACACUUGCUCUGUCCAGUAUUGAGAUGACACCUUAUUAUACAUCAAGAAGGUCCUGGUGCAUGGGACAUGCUCUGAGCCUUCCCAGCCUCCUACUGUGUGCUACAUAAAUGUCUAUAGGAGUAAACCAUGUAAUCUUAGUUCACUUAUUAUGCUUUUAAAAGAUAAUAAUAUUAAAAGUUUUAAGAACUUUUUGCUGUUACAGAGACAAUCAGCUACCCACACUUGCAGUGUUGCCUUUGAUUUACUGAUUAAAGGGAACAUAGUGCUGAA